AUGGCUGCACCUUCCGGGAUGAUCCCCUCGAGCGUCGAUGCCAACUGUGCCAUCUGCAAUGCUCCACCCAUUCCAGAAUGUCCACACGAAGGCGAGCGACUGACCCUAGCCCUCGACCAUGCGAUGGGACGAUGGGCGCAAUUAGAAGCAAUCAGAGACUGGGCCGUCAAACACGCUAAAAACAACGUCAUCUCCAAAUUCCACCAACGCCGACACUCCCGAUACCAAAGAACACUGGGCUUCCUUCAAACCCUUCCCUGUUACGGUCUCUACAUCACUUAUAACGGCCGCCCGCCGAUCACGCCUCAACAGCUCGGCGAAAUACAAUACCAUAUCCGGAACGCCAACGAGGCUUUCCAGGCUGGUGUCAACGAGGAUUGGCGCAGGAGCUGCAUGGAGUACCCCGCUAUCCUUGAUUAUUUUCUUGGUCUUGUGCAGAUCGAGUUCCCGGCGGACCACGAAGAUGUGAUCAGGUAUCCGGCUUUCGCUGGUGGUGGUGCUCCGCUUGUGGCAGAGCAGAGGAAGGUCAAGAGUAGACGGGACAGUGUAACGACGGAGCAUCGGAAGAAGGAGAAGAGGCGAGGUUAG